AUGGCUUCUGAAUCGCGACUAAAUCAAAUCGUCAAAGGAGCGUCUACGACUGACAUCAAGACCCCUCCAGCAACACCCCUCCCUGCUCUGGGAAAGUCCUCUCAAUCCGAGAAAUAUAUGCUCGACCCUCACCUUUCCACUCUUCCAUCUUCUCCUCCUCAGAUCUAUCUAAACCUAUUAAUCCUCGAGUCUUCUCUUCGAGCACAGUACCUCCACCUCGUCUCUCGACGACGUCUGAACACUUUCUUCCUCCUUAUCCUCGCAUUCUGGAAUGGAUUCUUCUUCUACGCCCUCUUCCUCCGCCCACGAGAAGACGGGAUGGGUCUCGGUGGUUCGGUCUACUGGGUCGUGGAAACUUUAGAAAAACUAGCCCUCAUGUGCGGCGCAGUUACGGUUUUAUUGGUCUGGGGCACCGGACAAUGGGAAAGAGGUAUCCGUUGGCCGCGCAAAUGGCUGGGGACCACGAACCGUGGCCUUCGACCUUUCAAUCUCCGCGUGGUGGUCAUCCGCGGUAAAUUCUGGCGAGAAAUGCUCGGCCACUUAGCUUUCCUUCUGCCUUUUGGCCUGUGGCGUGAAGCGGGCGGAUCAGAUUGGCACCUGGUAGAGCACGAGACGGGCGUCAUUGUGGAAGAAGACUUAGCCCAAGGCGGUGACGGGAUCAUGCUCCUCCUGCUCCCGAAAUCCUUCAGCCCCGAGUUCCGUGAGAACUGGGAAGAAUACCGGACUGAGUAUUGGGAAAAGGAAAACGAGCGGCGCGCCGGACUGCGGAGGAAACUCAACCUCCAACGCCGUGCCAGAGCGAAAGAAGUCGGUGGCUGGAAGUGGUGGACGGGAGCCUGGCGAUUGACAUCCCAACGCCAUUCCCGACGCCAUCAUGAUCUCGAGAAACAUCCCCACGGUCAUCAUGCACAUGGCCACUCGUCUCGACAUGCCUCACUUUCCGAAAAAGACGGCCACGCCCGCGGUGCGGGGGGGACCGGAACUCGACGCAGGACAGGUCCCGAUACGGACUCAACGCACAGUCGAAGCGGACAAUCAUCGCGGUCUUCGACGCCUCAUCUCGACCUCGACGGCAGCGUGGAGCGCCCUCUCCCCGAGCGCGUCCGGCGCGGAAGCAGCGUCAGCUCCACGGCCAGUGUCAGGCGAAAGACGCGCGACCGCAAGGACAGAGAAGGGACUCCGGCCUCAGGAGGACAAGGGCUAGGUAUCGGCUUGAGCCCGCUGACUUCAGCAUGUCCCGCGAGUGCGAGCGUGAGUGCUAGUACUAGUGCUAAUGCGAGUGGUGAGGAUGAGAGGGAAGAACGCCGCCGACGCAGGCGUGAGAGAGAAGCUGCGAAGGAGAAGAGAGAAAAAGAGAAGGAAAAAACGAAGGAAAGAGAUAGAGAUAGGGAUGAAACAGAUGCAGGAGGCACGAGUAAUCGUCCUCCAUCGCCGAAUGAAUCGCCUCUAUCGAAACCCGCAGCGUGA